AAAACCCAAAUACUGCAUAGUUUCCUAGGAACGCGAAGCGAGGCGACCAUCUCUGUCGACGCCGGAAGUCACUCUUCCUCUGGGGAGAUUGCUGUCAUCUGUCUUGAGAACUACACCCUCCUGUCCUGUGUGAGGAAAAAGCCCUACGAUGUGUUUGGCUGCUGGCUGAACGAGACCCACCUCGUCUCUGGCUACCUGCACUGGAUCGGCAUCAUGACCUCCUGCUCUGUGCUCUGGCUCAAUAAAGCCUUUCAGGGAGAGGACAAGACCUACCUGCUCUUCACCACCGGCAGCCUUACCUACUCCCCCCACCAGAUAGGUAUCAAGCGGAUCAUGCCUGACCAGAUGAUCACGUCUGCACCUGUCCUGGGGGAGGAGUGCAGCACAGACAAGUUCUUUGACUCUCUAGACCAUGUGAUCGGCAUGGGCUUGUCUCCAGGCCACAGGUAUCUGUAUGUGAACAGUCGAGCGUGGCUGGCGGGCUGGGUGAUCUCUGACCCCAUCGCUGAGGAGAUUGACCUGCAUGUCAUUGACCUGAAUAGCCUACGGGAGGAGAGGCGGAGCCCUUAGGCCCACCGAGCCUUCACACCCAACGAAGAGUGCUUCUUUAUCUUCUUGGACGUCAGCAGAGAUUUUGUGGCCAGUGGUGCAGAGGACAAACAUGGUUACAUCUGGGACCACCACCACCACAACAUCUGCCUGGUGCGGCUGCAGCAUGACAUAGUGGUCAACUCUGUGGCCUUCAGCCCAACCGACCUGGAGCUGCUGCUCUCUGCCAGUGACGACUCCACCAUCAAGGUGUGGCACUCGGCUCGUCUGCCUGGCACAGACGUCCGCCCGUGCCCCGCACCCUCUCCUGGCUGGUCCGCAACAAGAACACCACCUCCGUCAACGGGAAACCCUGACCACCUGAGAGGGGUGGGAGGGGACUGGAAAUGGGAGCGGGGGAAAGACUUUCAUAGGUGACGCACACUCCAGGAGUAGCUAUCUUCAUUGUGGGAAAAUCACACUUUUUAUGCCUGCCUACACAGUGUGGUAGAUAUGACAUCACCAACCUCCAAGGACAUGUGACAGCUGGGGUAAGCCACAAGGAGGCAUAAUUGCAACAGCAAUUUCACAGGCCUCUCCAUAAAUGGCCUUUUUGAAGGUGACACCUAGCCAGGUGAAUUGCUGUCAUGGUGAAGGUCAUACGGUACAGGUAAAUUCCUCCUGGACCUUUGCAAGGUCUGGGAGGGAAAUUACAUUCAUUGAUUAUAACGAUCAUGCUUCCAAAGAAUGAAUGAGCUACUGGCGAAGAAACAUGGGAGACUACUUCAAGAAAAAAAAAUAUUUUGAGUUUGUUCACUGAAUGAAGAGAAGAGAUGUGGACACUAAAAUAUGGUCAAAGAUCACACUUGUGUGUUUUGUCUUCUGUUUUUAAGUCUUUCGAUCUAUGUGCAUGUUUGCACAUAUUCUUUCACAUUUGUUUAUGUUGGGUUGUACUAUCACAUCAGUGAUGUCAUAUGAUUGCAGAGCUGAGGAUGUCUGAAAUUACCAAGAGCAAUUCAAGUGGUCUGGUACCUCCUGAAAGUGUGUUUGUGAAUGUGUGUCAGAGGGGCCCGAAUAAUCCAGGACUGUAAUGGCCGAAAAGGUAUAUCUUCAUUGUUACACUCAAGUUUCACCAAAUUGUCAUGAUAGAAAUAUCACUGAACUUUGUUGCUUACAUUCCACAAUCUACAAAAUGACUGACUCUCCUUUAAAACAUACUAGAUGAAUAAGGUGACACAACCAACUCAUUGCUCCUGAACACUGCCAGUAUGAUGCCAGUUUCAAAUCAAUCUUUUACUAAAUGGUUGUAACAGUCCUGUGGUCAUUUUAUCCCUGAUGGAUAAACAUCCAACUGGUCAUGGGAUUGGUUCAUAGGGAGACGUGUCUUUAUUACUAUUGUGUCUGCAAAUAUGCUCAAUGAAUGCUUCCAGAGGCUUACAAUGGGAGUGCCACCUGUAACACCCCACCUGGUCCAAGGUCAUACAGUUCAUGUGAAAACUGGCAAUAUCAAGGCAGUAUUCCUUUGAAAUUGUUUUGCAGCCAUCUGGUAAAGAUAUCCGUAUCUGAACUAGCACACGAUUUAUGUAAGCGUUGCAUUUUUAUAGAGCCUACUGACAAAGCACAUUCAAAGCAGUACAGUAGGGCAUGGUCAUAUCUGCAUUUCUUGCAGCAAAAGCCUUCAGUUCUCUAAUGCUUUUGAAACACUCUCUUCUUAAACCUGAGCUAGACAUCUGUGUGCCUGUUGCUUCUCUGAUUGGAUAUAACCACAACCUACCCCAGCUCUAGUCAUGCAUCAUUUUAUUGUGCAUAGAAAAUGUCAAAUUUAAGUUGUUUAUUAAAAAUAUGUCUUGCUCUUUUUCCAGUUGUCUCUGGCUAAUCUGCAACCCUACACCAGAUUUGGUUGAACUUCAAAUAGAUACAUACCUGUUACCUUUCAUUUCCAAUGUGAGUGGAAAAGAGCCUUGUGAUCACAGGGCAAAAUUCAAUCAAUGCUCAUAUAACAAAAUCACAUGCUUGGUUCAAGUUCUCUGACCAAAGCAAAGAGACAAUCACAAGGUGUAUAGUAUCCAUAAAGUAGAUCUCCCCAGAGCCCUAUACUACGAAUGUAGUUAGCGAGGUAACUUUAUUCAACUCGGGAUAAAUCGGUACCACGUAAGUGGCUCACAUUUUAGCCAGGUACAUUACUUUCUUAUAUGGCAACGAAUCCUUCAGAUCUAAUCUGGCUAACUCAUGCAACUCUGGGCUAACUCCAUUAACCCGAAUGAAGGUGGCGGAGUCUCGAGUUGAGGCCCAAUGAAAUCAGAUUUCCUCAAAUGAACAGGAUGAU